AUAAAAAGUGGGUCUAUAAAGGGAAAUGAAUUCAAUGUUUAUAAAAAACAAGUCGUAAAGUUUUUGAUAACAGCGAUUAGUGUUGUUCUUGUUGUAGUACUUUUAAGUUCACUGGAAAGCUUAAUGACUUUAUAAUUCAUCUUGUAACUGCUCGACGCAGAUAUAUAGUAGCGCUGGGUAAGAUGAGACACCUUUAGCACAUAUAGUAUUUAAAUAUCCUGAUCGUGUUUUAAACAAAUAACAGCGGUCUAUAGCGUUCGUGAAGAUACGGCUUUAUAAUUCUUUGAACGUUCUUUGUUUACUAGCAAAGAGGGCAAGAAACUACAAUGAAAAUGUGUCCCAUCUUUCCCGCCCUUCUAUAUUCUUUGCAUUUAACUGUGUGUUUUUUAGAAUCUGUAAAAACUUUAUUUAAACACAGUGACCUGAAUGCUUAACGUUAUCAACUAGUUUAGUUACGAUAUUUUACUGGUUUAGUUCAAUACUGACAAAUGGAAGCACGAGCGUACAGCCUAAUUUUUUGUCAGGUUUCGGUUUAGAAGAAAGUUUGGUAAUAUAGGAAACAAAACUCUAUUUUUUUUAAGCGCAGGAAAUUCCUAUUUUUCCACCAUAAUCGACACACCUUACUUGUCGCUGUCGGAUGAUUGACAGGAAGAGACGCAGCGAACGCCGCCGCGAAUCGCGAGCGAAAAAAUAACGCCUGCAGAGAGAAAGUCCGACUUUCUUUGCUUUGCGUUGCUGUGCGAACUGGAACUGUGAAGUGGAUUAAACUGCGCCCCGGGCGACGAACAUAACGAAGGAUUUUAAUCGUUGUAAUAUAGGAAGUUAACGUCUCGCGAAUGAGUUAAAACUCGAGUUAAUAUUAAGAAGAGUGUUUAAGAAAUUCUUGUAGUUUGUUUCUUCAUAGUUUUGCUGAAUUUAAGGGUGAUAAAUCAGUAUUUAAUGGAAAUAAGUUUAUUUGUCACAUUUCUGAGUCUUCUGUUUCUGCCUGUUUGUCAAUCUCUGAACCUUGCAUAUGUUCUAAAAGAAGACACAGGACAAGGCGACUAUGUGGGGAAUAUCCCCCAAGAGCUCAAUUUUCCAAUACUGGAACCAAACCAGGUGCAAAGAACAUAUCAGGUUUUAACAGGCGGGGACAAGAUUCAUGUUGAUCCAAAUACUGGGGACCUUAACACUGCAAUCAGAUUGGACAGGGAAAAGCUAUGUCCUGAAAACCCACCUACUUGUACCAUAGAUGUUGAGGUGGCCGUGUUACCAUCAGAUUACUUUCAACUUAUUAAAGUUCAAUUUACGUUAGAGGACCUCAAUGAUAAUACGCCUACUUUUCCUUCGCCAAUUAUUGUAAAGGACAUUUCGGAAAGUGCCUUCGUUGGGACGUUAAUCCGACUAGACAGUGCUACUGAUCCCGAUUUAGGUGCAAACUCAAUCGAUCAUUAUGACUUAACGAGCACCGAUGUAAGCUCUGAUGAAUCACCUCUCUCCUAUUUCGAACUCUUGGUCGUAGAAAAUAUUGAUGGGACGAAAAUCCCGCAGUUACAGCUGGUCAAACAACUUGAUAGGGAAGUAAUCUCCUCAUAUGAGCUGCAGCUGAAAGCAAUUGAUGGUGGAACUCCCUCUUUAACAGGCACAGCCACCAUUAAAAUUAAUGUGAGCGACUCAAAUGACAAUCAACCGAUUUUCGCGGAAAGUAGAUACAUUGUUGAAGUUCCUGAAAAUCGCCCUGCAGGUUUUGUUGUGGUUCGAGUUGAAGCAACAGACUUGGACAGUGGCUCAAAUGCUGAUUUAUCCUACACCUUUCCUGGUGUAGUAAGCGCUCAGGACAAAGCUAUUUUUCAGUUGAACCCUGAUACCGGUGCAAUUAGCAUAAAAGCACCGGGACUAGAUUAUGAAAACAGAACCAUCCAUCACCUUACAGUGGAAGCGAGAGACAAAGGGCCAAACUCUUCCCCUGCCUACACAACGGUGACUGUGAAAGUAAUUGACAUAAAUGAUGAAUACCCCCAAUUCUCCAUUAAGUUUAUGGAAUACUUGGACCCUGCCUCUCAAGACCGCAGGCCUACCUCUGAUGCUGCUACUGAAACACCAGAUACUGAAGUUGUGUUUGUAAAAGAGGAUAUGGCUCGUGGAAGUUACAUUGCAUUUGUGACUAUCACGGAUCGUGAUACCGGCCUCAAUGGUAACGUGUCAUGCAGAUUAAAAGAAUCUGAUGGUUUUGAGCUCUUCGUAAUUGAUCGGAAGGAUAAUAGAUACCUGAUCAAAACGAAAAAGGAGCUUGACAGAGAGACACAGCCAUCAUACAACCUCGAGAUUGAUGCUUGGGACUUUGGGAAUCCUUCUCUCACAAACAGCACAACUAUAGCUAUUGAACUCGAAGACGUUAACGACAACCCACCAAAAUUUAGACGUGGAGGUUACAGAGUAAAUGUGAAAGAGACAAUCAAUGGUGGAGACAGAGUUACUCAAGUUGAAGCAGCUGAUCCUGACGAUGGUUUGAAUGCAAGAGUUAACUACACAAUUUGGCCAACUAACACAAGCCAAACUCUUCCCUUUGUUAUUGAGCCCUUAACUGGAAUUGUGAGAUUUGCAACGAAUGCUGAACCUCUGGAUGCAGAAAACUCUACCGGUCCUUUCAUAUUAACUGUAACUGCAACAGAUAAUGGAAUACCAAGUCAUUCAGCUACUACAUCACUGACGAUCACUGUAUUAGAUGAAAACGACAACAGUCCUAAAUUCUCCAAGUCUCAAUACUCGUUCCCAGUGAAGGAGCAUUUAAAACGUGGUGCAUAUGUGGGCCAUGUGUUCGCAACAGACAGAGAUAUAAAUAAAGACACAAAUGCAAAAGUCUCAUACAGCUUUGUUGACUCAGAUGAAAAUAUCCCGUUCUUUAUAAAUCAUGUCACAGGUAUGAUAACUUACGAUGGUGAGCAGAGUGAGUUAGAUCGUGAAGUUCUACAAUCUCAACCUUACUUGCUACGUGUGGAAGCGCGUGACAGUGGUGAUAGACCACGCAAAGAUUAUGCAACAGUUCAAAUUUUCUUGACAGACAUAAACGACAAUUCUCCUUCCAUUUCGUACCCGAAUGUUACCCGAGAUGUUGCCUUUAUUUAUUUCAAGGACGGUUGGAAAAGAAAAAGUCCAAGCACUCCCGCAAGUACUAACCUGUCACUCUUCACUUCUGCACGAGAAUCUUUACUUAUCGGAGAUUCUUCGAGUAAAGCCGUUCACCCACCAAGAACACAGCCUGUAGUUAUCACACGCGUGGUAGCAACUGAUCCUGACGAGCAGGAAAAUGGGAGAGUCCAUUACGCAAUUGCUGCCGGUAACGUGUAUGAUUACUUCACCAUAAAUAUGAACUCUGGCGAAGUCAGUUUAAAUCUCAAGCAAAAAAAGUCGUUCAAAAAAAUGAAACGUGGAUGUCAUGUGAUAGAGAUAUUGGUCAGUGAUAUGGGAAAACCAAAAGCUCUCAGCACGACAGCUUGGGUCAACAUAUACGUGACUGACAAGCGGCCACGUAAAAUGAAUGUAACCAAAGCACUCAAGUCUUGUAUGAACAACACAUUCUACCCCAUCCUACAUACACCAAGCACUGACAUAGGAAAAGCUGGGGCCGAUGAUCUUGCAUUGAUUCUUAUCAUAUGUUUCAGUGCCUUGCUGCUUAUCAUGUUAAUUAUAAUGAUUGUUAUGUUGGUGAAAUACAAAUGUUGCUGUUGUAGUAAAAGUAAAAUGUCGCGCUCCUACAACUGCCAGAAAGCAAACAAUAUAUACAACGAUGACAUUUUCCAGCGUAGGAUGUCUAUAGAUAAACAAGCAGGUAGUCAAUCCUCACUGGCGCAACCAAAUUGGUCAAACAUGCAACAUCAAAUGGAAGAGUCCGAUCCACUACAUGAUAAGAACAUACACGGACAAGAAGAUUUAUCAGAAGGCAGCGUGGUUUCUCAGUACAGCGGUAAAGACAGUGGAACUGGUGAUAGCAUGCCAAGUGAAGCCCACAACACUGGGUACCGUGUACCUUAUGGAGCUCGAAAUGCCCAGCCAAACUAUAUCUCCCACCCAGCCAACAAAUCAUAUUCAUCUCAUACAGGAAACAUGGUCACUGAAAAGCCAUUGUAUGGAAUGGGGAAUCCACCACUUCAUUCACGUAGUGCUAAUUCAUUUUCAUCACGAUGUACGAAUGAUUGUCAUAUACAUGGACAUGGGGACAACUGCUGGAUGCCAGACACAGAAUAUGUUGAAGGAAUCCAUUAUGCUGACCAUGGUAUGAGUGGCUUCAUCUGCCCAAUGCAUGGCGAAGGUUGCUCUACAAAGGAAUAUUGUGAAAUGAACCAAGGAUACAUGGUCCAGGAUAACAACUUACAUAUGCAUGGGCAGGACUACAUGAUGCCUAACAACAUGUACCAUAUGGGGGAUGGUUUGAAUGAUCCAAGUUACCCCAUGCACCCUGGGAUGCAUAUGGGGUACGACCUGGGACCAAACCGGCCACUUCAAACCUUUAACCCUGAUCAUAUGAGUGUAGAAAAAGCUUACGUCAAUCUGCAGAAGCGAGGCUCUAUGGUUAACCCAGCAGAUGAACCCAAACUUGGAUAUGCCGCACAUCCCCAACACUACGAACACCCAAUGUACGUUGACAACUGUGACGAUAUAAACAAUACAAAACUUAUCCAUGGCCACGAGGACGUAGGUUAUAACAUGGAGCAUCAACUCCCACCACACAGUAUGCCACAGCAGUACGGUAACAGAGUGAAUCUAUCUGAUGAUGGUUACAAACCAAAUGAUGGGCUCACUAUGAUCAAGGAGGAAUUAGAUGCGGAAGACGUCGUGGCCGAAAUUGACGAUUUACUGCAAUAAAUCGACUUGUAAAGUUUCCUGCUUUAUUAACAUGUUGUGCUGCUGAGCGAAGUGUAUGUUUGUGGACAGAUCGUUUGUCCUGUAAGCAAAUAUGGUUUAAAAAUCAAUUUUUUAAAUAAUCAAAACAUUUACAAUUAUGGUAACAGAUAUUUGUUUGCAGUUUAAAACCGCCUUAUCUGUCCCAAUUACACUUGCUAUAAUUGCACUACUACGUUUUAAUGCCGUGCUUUUGUAUAAUGUUUAACAUGUUUUAUUUGUCUGAGCUUUGAACAUUUAAAACCUCUCGUUUUAUAAUCAAGCAGUUUUUAUGUCCGAACUCUAAAACGUUUCUGUCCAUCAAAAUAUGAGUAGCUCCCGUCCUGUAAAAAAAAUGUAUUUCUUGAUUAACUGUUUUUGAGAUGAGUUUUUUUUCUGUAGAUUUUAAGCCAAACUCGUGACGAAAUUCAUUUUUGUGUUUUACCUGCACUGCCAGUAUUGAAGGUACAUUGGUACAUACAGCAUUCAUAUUAGCGCUACAAUUAACCAUAGGUACACUUUUGUAAUUAAACAUCCUUUUUUGUGAAAAAAUCUCGUUUUUCCCUCUUUGUUGCUUUUUUUGCUCGAUAUAAAAUAACUAACUCGUCAUAUAACAUCAUCACACCACCAGCCAUAUAUGAUAUCUAUAAAAAUAUUCACUCUCGACA